AAUUUUAAGUAGUUUAUAAAAAUUUUACUUAAUUUUCAAGUUUAUCAUGUUAAAUUCAUUUUCUUUUCUUAAUACUUCAAUUUCGCAACCUUCCAAUGAAAUGUACGUUGAAUUAGAAGAACUUGAUACGGAUAACUUUGGUUUUUUAUCUUUACAGCAUAAUGCUUAUAUACAAAUUGAAAAAAUUUUUACAGAUCAAACACCUAGAUAUAAUGCAUCUUUAUUAUGUAUUGGGAAUAAAAAUGGUUAUUAUGCUGUAGGAAUACCUUCAGGAUUUGCGUUUGGAACAACUAAAUCUUUAAGGGAAAGUUUAAAAGGCAAUAUCGUCAAAAAGAUAGCAGAACAUAAUCCAUUAUCAAUAAUACAUUUGCAAAAAAAAAUUAUAAAUCUUUCUUUUUGUGCUGAUGAAGAAUAUUUGAUUGUAGUCACUGAGGAAAAUGAAAUUAUGUUUUACUGUACACAAAAAUUGUUUCAAAAGGAUAAUUCUCUUAAACCAGAAUUUAUAUUUCAAGUUGAAAAUAUUAAGGAUGUUCUUCCUAAUCCAAUAAAUAGCAAUAUGAUUGCAGUAUUGACUUUUUUUGGCAAUCUUCAUUUGAUUAAUUUCUCUCAAAGAAGUAUUUCAGAACCGUUGGUAAAUAAUGUAACUUCAUUUUCAUGGUCUCAAAAAGGUAAACAAAUAGUCUGUGGAACAUCAGAAGGGAAACUGGCUCAAUAUACCCCAGAUGGAUCAUUAAAGGCAGUUAUUAAUAAGCCGAAAUCAUUGAAUGAUGCAUAUUAUGUAAGCUCUAUUUUAUGGCUAGAAAAUCAUGUUUUUUUUGUAGUUUAUAAUGAUCAUGGAUCUACAGAAGAUUUGAGACAUGACUAUGUAAUUUUUAUAAUUACUAGAGAACAAAAUGGAAUUAUUACUUAUGGGAAACUUGUAGAUCCUAGUCCACCUUUCGGUUUAACUAGUAGAAUUGAUCAUCACUUUAUUAGAUAUCUUAAAAACUGGGAACCUAACCUAAAAAGCUUUAUUAUUGUUGCUGCAACAGCGAGUGCAGAUAUUGGUAUAGUCGUUCGCAAUAAAGAUGAUUUAGUAUGGAGAACAUUGACUAUAUCUAACGAAACUCGUAGAGUUUCUUUACCAUAUUCUAUUUUAAACGAUCGUGAUACUUCUCCUAUUGGUAUUGCACUUGAUUUCACUUCAUCUCAAAAUGUUCAAAAACCGUUAUUUCCAAGCGAAGAACCGAAGGAAGGCCCCCCUCUCCCUAUUCUUUAUCUUCUUAAUAAUGAUUAUCUUUUAACUGGAUACUAUGUUCUUUAUGUAGAUGCAAUAAAAGCAUGCAAAACAUAUGAUUCUAUUUGCUCUAAAGAAAAUACUUCUGAUAUAUGUUCUAAUCAAAAUGCAGUUGAAACUGCAAAAGAAUUUGGUUUUGGUUUUAAGUCUGCGCCUGUACCAAGUUUGCCUGUUUUAAACUCAAAACCUAUGCUUGAAAAUACACUAAAUUCACAGACAAUUAGGCCAAUGGUUAAUAACCCUGUUUCAUUUGGCGUUUCUUUUGGUGCACCUGCUUUUGGUGCACCUGCUUUUGGAAAUCCUCUGUUUGGCUCUUCUGGAAAUACAGGUAUCCAGAAUGCAGCAUUCGGGAAAAGUUUUUUUAAUAAUGUAUCACAAACUAUUAAGCCAACAUUUUUUACAUCUUCGAUUAAAUCUGAUAAUGAGUCGCCUUUUGGAAAGUUGGUCCAGAAUUCAUCAGAAACACCUGAAAAUAAGAUGGAAUCUAUUUUUAGUAAAUCAACACCUUUAUUUUCAUUUGCAGAUUCAUCAAGGUUUCGAGAUGAAGACGAAAUCGAAGAUGCAUUAGAAAUGAAAAAUGAAAGUAUUUUAGAGGAUAAGAUAGAUUGUAUUUCGAAUAAAGAGCCUGAAAUACAUGAUAAUUCCUAUGGAGAAAUUGAUAAAUGCUUUGAUAAUAAUGAAAAGAAUGCUUUUAUGAAUAGUCAGUCUCAAUCACUUGAUACUUUUAGUCUUUCUUCAAAAAUAUCGUCUCCUUUUGCUUCUUUUGGAAAAGAGCAUUCUUUUUUUUCAGAUUCUAAAAUUCCUACUCUAUCGUCUUUAACUGUACAGGAAAAAACUCUUUCCAGUUCUUCUUUUGUUGAUCAAGAGAAUCAGAUAAAAAGAGAAACAGGGAACUUAGGUACUUCUGUAUCUUUUUCUAGCUAUUCUGAUGUUUUUCAACCUAAAAUUAAUGAUAAAAUUGAAACAAAAGAAAAAAUAGCUACAAGUUUCUUUUUUAAAGAUAAAAAUGAAAACAUAAAUGAAAUCUGCAAAACUCAUCAGACUUCUUCUAGUGGUAUAGAUUUACCUGUUCUUUCGGAUAAUAUAUCUCGUAAUGAUGUCACUAAAGAUAAAAGUCAUGAGGAAAACGAAUUUAAUCAAAAUAAUAAAAAUGAACCUUUUUCAUCAGAUCUUUUCCCUGAACAUCUAUCGUCUUCGAAAGGAAAUGUUUCGAAAGAUAGUUUUAAUAUAUCUUCAAACGAAUCUACUAUUUAUGAUAUUAAUAGGAAUUUACAAUCUCAAGAUAUUUCCAAAAUUACAGAGAAUUUACACGAAAAUGUUAAAGAAAAACCUGAUACUCUAUCUCUUUCAGUAUUGAAUCAAAAUAGAAGUAUUGAUUUCGCAAAUGAUAAUUAUAAUUUACAUAAAAAUCUUAAAGAUAAGCCAGAACAAAUAGUAUAUAAUCAUUCAAAAUUACAAAAUUCCAAAGCAUUACCCGAUUCAUCUUCUAUAUUUUUUUCUAAUAAUUCGGAUACUUUGGAAUCUAAAAAUGAUGAAAUUUUUUCUUUUGAUCUUUCUCAAAUCAAAGCUCCAUUGAAGGAUAUUGCUGACGAAACUCAUAAUGAUACAAUUAAACGGUCUCCAUUAUUUAAAAAUCAAUAUAUGAUGAAACUGAAACCAUUGCUUUCUAUGAGUGAAGCAUUGAAAGCUCAAAGCAAAGAAAAGGGCCUUUUUAAGGAAAUUGAUAUAAUAUGUAAACAGAUGGAUAAUGAACUAAACAUUAUUCAAAAAAAUCUUGAAAGUCUAAGUCUAUUUAUAGAAGAUCAAAAAGAAGAUAAUAGUGUAGAGAAUGAUUCUGUUGAUAUAUUCAGGAGGCAUAUUGAAGAAUGGAAGUUAGAAGAAAUUCCACAAAUGGGAAAAAUAAUAUUUGAUUUAUUAAACAAUAUUUCGAAUUUCCAAAAAAUAGAAGAUACAAAUCUUGAUAUCAUAAAAUCUCUUAAAAAAACCUUCAUUAAACUAGAAGCAAAACAUAUAGAAGUAUCUAGAUUUAUUAGAGCAAGAACAGAUCAUGAAUUUACACGAAUGAUUAAGGUUCGGCAACUAGGAUCAGAACAUCUUGAAAAUCAAAUAAAAUUACGAAAAAUAUGUCAAACUGUUGAGAAUUAUUUAUGGAAAGCAGAAGAGAGCUUCGCAUUAUAUAAAGCAAAGCUUGCUGGAAAGACCAAUGGUAAUAUUAAAUUACCUUCCUUAGAAUCAAUUAAAAAGGCUUUGGGAAAAAUUAAUUCUUUGAUUCAGCAAAGCAUGAAUGAAACAAAUAAUCUAGAAUUUGAACUCAAAAGGCUGAAAACAGACCUUUUUCUAAAAACGAAAGAUAUAAAAAGUAAAACACGCAAAAACUCAUCUUUUUCAGAAAAUAUGUUGUCUAUUAUUACUGCAGAUAUGCUACGGAAGGAUAAGUUUCUAAUUAUUUUAAAGGAAUUAAUGAGAGAAAGAACUCCGUUACAUACAACUAUUUAUGACUAAAUAUGAAAAUAUUUAUAGUAAUGCCGAAAAUAGGAUAUAUAUACAA